AUGAGUGGAAGGUGGGCCUCGCCGCGUCGUCCGCGAGGCUUGGCGAGGCGGAGGGCGGCGCCCGUGUCGUCGCGGCGGAGCGCGAUGGCGUUGCGCUGGAGGUCUUGGAGACCAGGGAAGUGGCCUGGCUGUUCGAGAGUGCGGCGGUGUUCGUGGCGGUGGGUGGGGGGGCGUCACGUGACGGGCCGUUUCGCGGAGGUGGCCCAGAAGUGCGCGGGGCUGCGCGGCGUGUCGGGGGCGCUGCGGGGCGUCGAGCUGACGUCCGGGGCCCUGGUCAGCGAGGUCGUCGAGCCGAAGGCGGUGGCCUGGGAGUUCGGGGCGGAGCUCGACCGCCCCCGCAUUGUCGCCGGGCAGCCGGCUGGCGCCGCCGCGAGGGCGUCUGCCGUGGCGAACGCGGAGGUCGGCGGCCCCUCUCUCGCGCCAAGCCUCGCCGAUGGCAAGGCGCCUGGAAGAGGUUCCAAUGUUCUUUCGUGGGCGUUCCCCGCCGUGUCUGCGCAGGCUGCUUCCUUCUAG